UUUGUAAAUAUAUUUUGAAAAUCAUUUUUUAAUGAUACCUUUACGCUACUUGACUUCUUACGUUGAUGAUAAUUCACGUGUGAACAUGAUUCUUGGCGAUGACCAACGUCCUCUACGUGGGGACUCUUCGAUACUGUUGGCUCCAAAAAUAAAGCUCAGCAGUGGUUACGAGAUGCCCGUUCUAGGAUUUGGAACUUAUAAGCUGAGCGGUUUCCAAUGCUUAUCAGCAGUACAUUGUGCAGUAGAAACUGGCUUUCGUCACUUUGACACUGCAUAUUCAUAUGAAAACGAAAAGGAUGUAGGCGAUGCUCUUCGUACUCAAAUUAAAAUGGGAAACAUAUCUAGAGAAAAUAUUUUUUUGACCACAAAGUUGUGGAACACUCAUCAUGAUCCUCGGGAUGUGCGCCGAAUUUGUGAGCAGCAACUGAAACUGCUGGGAUUUAACUACAUCGACCUAUACUUGCUUCAUUUUCCUGUGGGCUACAAAAAUAUGUGUGAUGAGAUUCUGAAGCCAAUAUCUGAGGGUAAAUUGCAGACAAGCGACGUUGAUUAUAUAGACACAUGGAAAGCUAUGGAGGAACUCGUGAAACUAGGCUUGGUUCGCAGCAUCGGGUUAUCGAACUUUAAUAUGGAACAGGUACAGCGUAUCAUUCAAUGCAGUUCCUCAAAACCAGUGGUAAAUCAGGUAGAAAUCUGGCCUGGUUUUUUGCAAAAAGAUUUGGUUGACUAUUGUCACUACAACGGAAUUGUUGUAACAGCGUAUUCACCUCUUGGCCAGCCAAAUAGAGAAAAUCAUAGACCAACAUAUUUCUUUUCGGAGGGCAUGAGGAGAUUAGUUACGAAGUAUAAGAAAACAUCUGUUCAAAUAGUAUUGCGUUUUUUGGUGGACUACGGAGUCGUUCCUAUUCCAAAAUUGGCUAAUCCUUUUCAGAUAAGUCAAAGUUUAAAUAUAUUUGACUUUAAGCUGGACGAUACAGAUACCCGUGCAUUACUUGGAAUAAAGUCAAAAAAACGAAUUGUAAAAUAUGACUUAGCAAAAGAUCACCCAUUUUACCCUUUCGAACGGGAAGACGAAAGUUAAUAUCAAGAUAUAUAUAACCCUUAAAACAUAAUACUGACACAGAAAAAAUGUGAUUCGACAUCAAAUGAAGGUAAUCAAGAUG